AUGCCCCUCCAAAUAUUUCACGAUACUCUUUUCCCCACCAUAGAAGCUCUAGACGGAUUCAUUCGGAUUUUUACCAGUGAAUUCGGAGCCAUCAUGUCUAACAUGCAGUUGACCUUGGCCGCAAAGGCCAGCCAGGCUGCUUUGCUCCCUGUUCUUCUGGUUGCAACCUCUAUCAAUGAAGCACGGCCAUCCCCGGUGAUUAACAUCACCUACGAGGAUAAGGCUGUUCUUGAACAGGGCGACAAGGCUGUUGUUCAGUUCACGGGUGCUAGCGGAGCUCCUGUUUUCGGACCUGUGAACGCUAUCCAGGAGUUGCUCAAGGACUUUCCAUUCCUCAACGCGAAGGAUCAGAAGCUGGAGAACGAGUGGCUUUCUCAGCUUGAUACCUUUACUACCCUCGACUUCAAGGCCCUCGAUCCUUUGCUCCAGGGCCUUAAUACCCAUCUUCUUCUCCGGUCCUUCGUCGUCGGAUACUCGCUUUCCACAGCUGACAUUGCCCUGUGGGGUGCUCUCCGCGGAAACCGUGUCGCCGUCUCUGCUAUCAGAAAGGGAGCUCUUGUCAACGUGACUCGUUGGUUUAGCUUCUUGGAAGAUCUCUGUCCGUGGGCCACAUCUGCUCUUGAGGCGCUGAAUGCCGCAGCAAAGGAAAAGAAGGCCACCAAGGGCAAGGAAGGCAGUGCUAACUACGAUGUUGCGCUUCUGAACACUGAUAAGGGUGUUGUGACCCGGUUUCCCCCUGAGCCUUCAGGAUAUCUCCACAUUGGUCACGCCAAGGCAGCUCUUCUCAACGAUUACUUCGCCCACGAGAAGUACAAUGGCACAUUGCUUGUCCGCUUCGAUGAUACCAACCCUACCAAGGAAAACUCUGAGUUCCAGGAUGCUAUCCUUGAAGAUCUUGCUCUCAUGGGUAUCAAGGCCGACAAGAUGAGCUAUACUAGUGACUACUUUGAACAGCUCUACGAGUAUGGUGUGCAGAUCAUCAAGGAUGGAAAAGCAUACGCCGACGAUACAGAUAAGGAGACUAUGGCGGCGCAGAGAAUGGACGGUCUGCCUAGUAAGCGUCGUGAUGCCACUGUUGAGGAGAACCUUGCUCGAUUCGAGGAAAUGAAAAAGGGCACUCCUGAGGGUCUUGGAUGGUGUAUUCGUGCCAAGAUCUCUGCCGACGACAAGAACAAGGCUCUUAGAGAUCCUGUUAUCUACCGCUCCAACCCCGACCCUCACCACCGCACGGGCACCAAGUGGAAGAUUUAUCCCACUUAUGACUUUGCAUGCCCUAUUGUCGACUCUAUUGAAGGUGUUACUCAUGCUCUUCGAACCAAUGAGUACCGUGACCGGAACCCUCAGUACCAAUGGAUGCAGGACGCCCUCAAACUCCGCUCGGUGCAGAUCUGGGACUUUGCUCGCAUGAACUUCAUCCGAACCCUUCUGUCCAAGCGCAAGCUUACUAAGCUUGUUAACGAGGGCGUUGUCUGGGGCUGGGAUGACCCUAGGUUCCCUACAAUCCGUGGUAUCCGUAGACGAGGCAUGACCAUCCCUGCCCUGAGGGAGUUCAUUCUCAGGCAAGGCCCUAGCAAGAACAUCACGAACCUUGACUGGACCCUCAUCUGGGCGACAAACAAGAAGUACAUUGACCCAGUUGCACCCCGCCAUACCGCUCUCCUUCAGAAGGACGCUGUCAAGACAACUAUUAAGGGAGCUCCCGCACCCUACACUGAAGAGAAGCCCAAGCAUAUUAAGAACCCUUCAGUUGGCACGAAGAAGGUCGCCUACAGUGGCUCCAUCCUCCUUGAGCAGGAGGAUGCCAAGAGCUUCAAGCAGGGUGAGGAGAUCACCUUGAUGAACUGGGGCAAUGCGAUUGUGCGCCAGAUCGUGACUGACCCAAGCUCCGGUGUUGUUAAGGAGCUUGAGUUGGAGCUGCACCUGGAAGGUGAUUUCAAGAAGACUGAGAAGAAGGUCACUUGGCUGUCUACUGACCAGGACCUGGUCCCAGUGGAAUUGGUCGACUUCGACUACCUUCUCAACAAGGACACCUUGCAGGAGGAUGAUGCUCUUGAGGACGUCCUGAACAGGAACACUGAGUUCAGGGAGAGUGCUACUGCUGACUGCAAUGUUGCCGAGUUGAAGGAGGGCGACAUCAUCCAGUUUGAGCGUAAGGGAUUUUACCGUGUGGACAAGGCUUAUGCACCGGGCCAGCCGGCUGUUUUGUUCUACAUCCCUACGGGAAAGACCGGCGGUAAAUAA